CACCGAAGGCAGUGUGGACAGGAAGUUAGCGCAGGAGGGUUCGUGUCUGAAUCAAAACAAAAACCUGAAAGGUUUCUGUAUAAAAACAUAAAAUCUUUAUUGUCAAAAGUCUGUGGCAAUCAAACGUCACAGUUUGCACAACAAAGAAAUGAACGGAAGUUACACAAUUUUCAAAAAGAAGACUAAGCCAAACUGCGUGAGGUGAUCGGACUGGCCUUUUAUUGAUUCCCACGUGAUCUGGACUUAAUUGGUUAUCGAUUCCAGUGUCUGUCUUCAGAGUCCAACUUGAGCUGGACUGUGACAGCACGUGUCAGCUUCAUGUACACAGUGAGGCGUCACCUGGCGGACGUCACUGUGAUGUGACGUCACUGCUGACCAGCCGCCGUCGUGCUCCUGUGCUGAGACUCAUGUUGAGGUCUUUCAGUCUGUCUUCUACCUGCAGUGUCUCCGUCUCUUUAAAGGGGACCGUCUGGGCGGGUCACAUGUCCAGCUCCGGUGUCCCUCCUCCUCCUCCUCCUCCUCCUGUGUGUUGGUGGUGGAGACCGGCUGCCGGCCUCCCUGCGCUGCUGCGUGUCCUCUCCGUGUCUCGGUGUGUAUAUAAAGGCCCGGGGGGGGCGGGGAUGUCAGCCCGCUGAGUCUUGGAGGAAGAUGCUGCCGCUCGGUCUGCUGCUGCUGCUGCCGGCCGCCGCCGCCGCCGCCGCCGCCGACCUGCCCGGCUCGGCCGCUCCGCCGCUCGCCUUCUCUCCGUCGCUCCCCGCUUCUGCCGCCGUCCCUCCGCUCCUCCACCUCCCGCAGCCCCGGGAGGAGUACGGGGCUCCCGGUGUAGCCUUGGCCCGGUCUGCGGCGGAGGAAGCGGCUGGACCCGGAGAGGAGGAAGAGGGGGAGCAGCAGCAGCAUCACGGCGGCGGGUACCGGGUGGUCCAGUGGGAGUGGAGCUACGUCCAGACCCCCUACAUCAUCGCCAUCUGGCUGCUGGUGGCCAGCGGGGCCAAGAUCUUGUUUCAUUUCUCCCAGCGCUUCACCACUGUGGUCCCAGAGAGCUGCAUGCUGAUCCUGCUGGGUCUGGUCCUGGGCGGGGUUGUCCUGAUAGCCAAUAAGAAGCAGCUGUACCAGCUGGAGCCCGCCCUCUUCUUCCUCUUCCUGCUGCCGACCAUCGUGGGUGACGCUGGAUACUUCAUGCCGGCUCGCCUCUUCUUCGACAACCUGGGAGCCAUCCUGACGUACGCGGUGGUGGGAACGCUGUGGAACGCCUUCUGCACCGGCUUCUGUCUGUACGCCGCCAAACUGCUGGGAGUCAUAGAUGAGCGCGUGCAGGCGGACCUGAUGGACUUCCUGUUGUUCGGCGCGUUGAUCUCGGCCGUCGACCCGGUGGCGGUGCUGGCCGUGUUCGAGGAGGUUCAUGUCAACGACAUGCUCUUCAUCAUCGUGUUCGGAGAGUCACUGCUGAACGACGCCGUCACCGUGGUUUUAUAUAAAGUCUACAUCUCCUUUGUGGAAGUGGGGGCGGAGAACGUUCAGACAGCAGAUUACUUCAAAGGAGUUGCUUCCUUCCUCAUCGUCAGCAUCGGGGGGACUCUGGUGGGUCUGGUGUUUGCCGUCAUCCUCGGCUUCAUCACUCGUUUCACCAAGAAGGUUCGCAUCAUCGAGCCGCUUUUCGUCUUCCUGCUGGUCUACCUGGCCUACCUGACCGCCGAGCUCUUCUCACUGUCAGCCAUCCUGUCUAUGACCUUCUGUGGGAUCGGAGCCAAUAAAUAUGUGGAGGCCAACAUUUCCCAGAAGUCUCGGACCACAGUGAAGUACACGAUGAAGACUCUGGCCAGCAUUGCUGAGACCAUCAUCUUCAUCUUCCUGGGGAUCUCAGCAGUAGACAAGUCCAAGUGGGCCUGGGACACCGGUCUGGUGUCCUGCACGCUCGUCUUCAUCUUCGUCUUCAGAGCUGCAGGUGUGAUUGGUCAGACCUGGGUCCUGAACCGCUUUCGCCUCGUCCCAUUGGACAAGAUCGACCAGGUGGUGAUGUCAUACGGCGGGCUGCGAGGGGCGGUGGCGUUCGCGCUGGUCGUGCUGCUGGACGGCGAGCAGGUCAAAGCCAAGGAUUACUUUGUUGCCACGACGAUUGUGGUCGUGUUCUUCACUGUCAUGUUCCAGGGUCUGACCAUCAAACCGCUGGUCAAAUGGCUCAAAGUCCCUCGAUCGACCAGCAGGAAGCCGACCAUCAAUGAGGAGAUCCACGAGAGGGCCUUUGACCACAUCCUGACCGCAGUGGAGGACAUCGCAGGACUGCAGGGAUACCACCACUGGAGAGACAAGUGGGAGCAGUUUGAUAAGAACUACCUGAGUAAGCUGCUGCUGAGGAAGUCAGUGUACAGGAAGAGUGAACUGUGGGAGGCUUAUCAGAAGAUCAACAUCAGAGACGCCAUCAGUGUCAUCGACCAGGGUGGGAACGUCCUGACCUCAGCCAGACUGUCUCUGCCCUCGAUGGCCAGCAGAGCCUCGUUCCCCGAGGUCACGAAUGUCACCAACUACCUGCGUGAGAACGGCAGCGGCGUGUGUCUGGACCUCCAGGUGAUCGAUAAUGUCCCCGGAGCCAAAGUGGAGGAGGACACAGAGACGCACCACGUCCUCGCAGGGAACCUGUACAAGCCCCGUAGACGGUAUCAGUCCCACUACAGCCGUCACUUCAUGCCUGUGGGGGAGAAGGAGCGUCAGGAUCGCGAGGUGUUUCAGAGGAACAUGAGGAGCCGCAUGGAGACGUUUAAAUCCACCCGACACAAACGGCACAAGAAGGAGCGAAGCCUCAAGAAGCGCCGAGGAUCCGACGCCAAGGAGGACAGCAACGACAAACCCAGACGCAACGUCAGCUGGCAGGACAAAAACCCGGUGGUUGUUCCGGUGGAGUCAGAGGAGGAUAAGGGUGAACAUUCAGACCCUGAGAAGGAGGAAGACGUCGGGAUCACCUUUGUUGCUCGUAAGGCAGAGACACCAAAACAACGACCGAAAUCAGUCCCAGCAGCUUUGGACGGGUGUCCGAGUCCAUCAGCUACCCCGCUGUCUCCCCCAAGUGGAGACAGCCAUCUGCCGUGGAAGGGCAGUGUGGGCUCUCCUCCUCCCUGUGUGUCUGUGGAGGCCACAAAGAUCAUCCCUGUGGACCUCCAACAGGCCUGGAACCAGAGCAUCUCCUCCCUGGAGAGCAUCUCCUCCCCUCCUGCCCCCGCCGAUCCCAUCCACCCCCGGGUCAGCGCCCUGUCCAGACUGGGAGGACCCCGCCCAGCCUCCUACACCCCGCCGGGCAGCGCUGUGGGCAGCACCUCCUCCAUUGGAGCACAGGUGUCGCUGGGCUCCUUCCGCUUCCCAGAAAAGAAGAAGGAAGAGGAAGAGGAGAAGGAGGAGGAAGAGGAGGCGUUACAGGAGAUGCAGCCACUCAUGUCGUCUCUGAGGCCCCCUGGCUCCCUGCCACCACCACCACCCCCACCCAGCUCCGCCCCAGGCUCAGGAAGGAGAAGGACCCCCUGCGUCUACCUGAGGAGCCUUGUGACAGCGCCCCCUCCUGGCAGUGGUGAGCUGCACAGCCGAGGCCCCACCCAGCUGUGACCACAGAUCUCAGAUUGGUACAACAUCCGCCCCCUGCAGAGCGGAGCAGGAACUUCACUGCACCAAUCAGCAGCUUCACACAGACACGUGACAGCCGUCACACCAUCCAGUAGGAAAGCAGCUCACUGUGUCUCCUCUCAGCUUCCAUUUCCUGUUUGCUUUACAUCCACCUGAUGAAAUCUGAUCUUGCCUGCAUCACCAGCAUCCUGUGGUAACGGUUCAGAAGAUUAAAGGUCCUGACAACUGAUUCAGCAUCUCCAUCACAGACUCAGACUCAAACCAGCAGCAUGUCAGUCCAUCUGUCAGUACUGUCUGACUUCUCGUCCUCUCAGCUCCAAGCCCUUUGGUUCCUGCUGUUAAAACAGUGUGGCACAGAGGAAGAAGAUAAAUCAGCAGGUGUUGGGAGGCACUUUCACUGCUGGUUUGAGUCUGAAUACAAGAUUUAAAAACAAGAAAAGAAAUAUUCUUGCUGCUCCCACAGCAUCCAUAUCAGCUUCAUGCUGCUGCUCUUCUUUGGGUCUGAACAGGAAAAAGCCCUGUAGUGUUGCAGUGGUGUUGUAAACAUGUAAUCAGUAAGAACAUCAUCGUUCUGCAGGAGGUGGACUCUGACUGAAAGAAUCAUUCUGGUUUAUUACAGCUCUGCUUUUAUGUUUGUCCAUCGCUGUACUCCCAAACUGAGUUAACUGAGUGAGUGCAGCAAAAAAGAUUCUAAUGAAGUGGAAUGAUCCUUUAAUGGAGUCUGAUACAGAGUGCUGUCUGACUCACAGUCACCCUUUAAUGGAGCUGAAGCUUUUUAAAGCCUUAUUUCUGUCUUUGGAUUUACAAACGUGUGCAAACACACACACACACAUGACAUGUAUAUUUAUUCUGUCAAAGCUGCUUAUAUGAAACCUAAAGAUGUAUUUUGUAAAGCUGCAAAUAUAUAAAACCUACAGAGUAGUUUAUUUUGAGAGACCAAAGUGUGUAAAAAUGAGCAUAAUGAACAUUUAUACAGUGUCUGUAAGUGCCAUAUUCUGUCACUGUGUCGAUUCAGUGUUUCUGUCUGCUUCGUGUGUGUGUAGUCUGCAGCUUUUUAUUCCAGCUGUAGAGAUGUGUGUGUGAGAGCUGCGUUAGUUUUCACUCUGUUGUGCUGCUUGCUUUGCCAAAGAAUCAGUUUGCCUUAAAGUCAGAGCUGUUUCAGGCCGCCUGCUACAUCGCUCCAGCCAGAGGGAACAUCUUAUACAUACAGAGCGCCGCUCGGCGUGCUGCUCCGGGCCAAACGUCUCCUCCAGUGUUCAUAUCACGCACCAACAUGUGCUGAAACAUCGCACGCUUCAGGUGCUGUUAGCGCAGCGUACUGAUCAUGCUGCGUUCACGUCAUGUGGGGCUGGCUGAUUUGAUACCACGGCUGACUCAUGUUGGCACAUAUGUUGGCUCCAAGUAUUUGCAAAGUACCUCCUUAACAAUCACACAAAAACGCUUAUCAACGCUCACUAUUCAGGACAGGAAAUGACGCUAACUUUGGGUUUAACUACCUUGCACUUCGUCUGAUAAUCUGAGUGGCGCCCAUGUUUGGUUUUAAUUCUUGAGCACUUUGUAAUCUUAGAGCUUCUGGACAACUUCAGCUUCCCGUCAUAACUUGGAUAUUGACUUGGAUAGAAAACUAUAAUUACAAAAACUCCGACAUGACCUGAACGCAGCACAAAGGAGUACCAACAAAGAAAUCAUCUCCUUUGUAAAUACAUUAAGUGGCACUGACAAAGUGCAGAAAGAUACAGACUGCAGAAUAUUACAGUUUCUGUCUUGUUUUCACAGCUCAGUUUUUGCAGCAAUAAGAAUUCAGUGUGGCUCCAAACAUUUCUGCUGACUUCAAACUCCUUUUGAACUUGACUAUUGAUUUCUUGGCCCCUGAGCUGAUGAUGAAGUAGAUGUUAAGCUGGUGUGACAUGCUUUGUGUUGGUGUAUGUUGUCUUCACCGUGCAGCAGUAACUGUAAUAACAAACAAGUUGUAGCUUGCUGCCAGAAAGGCCUGUAUACUGUAAAGAUAUUUGACCUGGAGCUGACACCAGCUUAGGGGAGGUGGUGUUACUGCAAACCGGAACGCGUCUUGUUGAUCGAGUUUCUCCCAGGUGCCUGUUUUAAUCACUCUGUAAGUGAACGCAGACACCAGGAUGUACUGCAGGGCAUCCGGUCUGCCUACGUUUCAUCUGUGAUUCAGGUUAUUGUGUGGAAAAUCAAAUCAAACAAAUCCAUCUUUAUGCCAAAUAUUUGUUAGCUUUGGCUUCUGUCCAGAGAACUAAAAGCCAAUAAAUGUGUUUUCCUGACCACACA